AUGAGCGGGGAGCAGGGUAUGUGUGGGAAGCAGGGCGUGCGUGGGGAGCAAGGUGUGUGUGGGGAGCAGGGCGGUGUGCGUGGGGAGCAGGGCGUGCAUGGGGAGCAAGGUGUGUGUGGGAAGCAGGGUGUGCGUGGGGAGCAGGGAGUGCGUGGGGAGCAGGGAGUGCGUGGGGAGCAGGGAGUGCGUGGGGAGCAAGGUGUGUGUGGGGAGCAGGGCACGCGUGGGGAGCAAGGUGUGUGUGGGAAGCAGGGUGUGCGUGGGGAGCAGGGAGUGCGUGGGGAGCAGGGAGUGCGUGGGGAGCAGGGAGUGCGUGGGGAGCAAGGUGUGUGUGGGGAGCAGGGCACGCGUGGGGAGCAAGGUGGAGUGCGUGGGGAGCAGGGAGUGCGUGGGGAGCAAGGUGUGUGUGGGGAGCAGGGCACGCGUGGGGAGCAGGGCACGCGUGGGGAGCAAGGUGUGUGUGGGGAGCAGGGCGUGCGUGGGGAACAGGGCACACAUGAGAAGCAGGGCGUGCAUAGGAAGCAGGGCGGGCGUGGGGAGCAGGGUGUCCAUGGGGAGACGGGUGUCCAUGGGGAGCCGGGCACGCGUGGGGAGUCGGGCAUGCGAGGGGAGCUGGGCAUGCGAGGGGAGCCGGGCAUGCGUGGGGAGCCGGGCAUGCGUGGGGAGCAGGGCAUGCAUGGGGAGCCGGGCAUGCAUGGGGAGCUGGGCACGCACAUAUUCAGACUUUCACAGCAGUUCAUAACCACAGCAGAGGGCUUCAGCCUGGAAGGGGAUGGGAGGAGAGGGAAGGGAGAGGAAGGGGAGGGA